AUUUACCUCGUUCCUGUUAAUACCGCGUGCGAUCUCAUCGCCUCAGCUACCUCUUCGACAAUCCAGCCAUCCUCGCGUGAAUAUAUUGAACUGAGACAGUAGCAAACACUUCUACUGGUAUCUUUCGCAUAUUUUCCUAAAACAAAAGGCAAAAAAAAAAACCUCCACACUUGUCUCAGGCUUGCUCAAAGUUGGCAAGGGCCCGUGGCAUCUUCAGCCGGUUGGACUUUCUCAAUAUAUCCUCCUACCUUGACGCGUCAUCCAAACCAUUCUUGGCUAACCGGAAGUUCUUUUUCUCUCUUCUCUGAAGCUGCGCGAAAAGGCCGAUCUGUCUAUCUAGGCACACUCCGUUGAGAGAAGAAGAUAUAUCUCUCGGCAGACGGACGCAAAAUGGCAUCACGCAGGUCGAGGUCUCCAUCGGCCCCUUCUGAGGGUGAGAUCAUCGAAUCAGGUUCAGAGACGAAGGCAACUACGUCGCAACUUCCUCUUAAUGGCAACCGCGUUGACCGUCCCCCCAGAGCUAGUUCACCCGCCCCCAGAUCUCCAGCAUCGUUGAGCAGAUCGCCCCGCCACCGGAGGUCGAGGACCAGGACCAGAUCGCCCUCCCGCACCCGGUCCCGCUCCCCGUACCGCGACCACAGAGGCUACAAGCGUCGCCGGGACGACGACUAUGAUCGUGACUAUGACUAUGACGACCGACGAUCCCGAUACGAACCCUCCCGCCGCGUCGGGUCCCGAUACGAUGAUAGCCGUUACGCGGGCCGCGGCGGUCAAUCCCACCGACGACCCCGGCCCUACUACGACUACGAUCGGGAAGAGAAUUUUGGCGAGGGGCUGCGAUACAGCGACGAGUCGGAUCGGCGCAGGGAGAAGCGCGCCCGCACCCGCAGCCGGUCGCCGUUCCGCGAAGUGCGGAAACCAAAGCAAUACUCUGGGGAUGAGUGGGAGUCUCAGCGCGGUGAUAGCGUCGCGUCUCGUGACCGUAGAAGGAAGGCUUCUAUUGAACAGUCAGUGAGCGAGCGGGGGAAAGCUCCAGUCGUCGCUCGGGAUUUAAAAUCACAUGCUGAAACUCAGAAACCUCAGGUGCAGCAAGCUUCUGAAACCCCUAGUGUUCGUCUUGAGAGGUAUGCUCAUAUGACCGGUUCUCGUCGCGGAGGGACAUACUCACAACAACUUUGCAGCGUGAACAAUGCCCAAACUACCGAAACUCGGGAAGAGCAACAGCAUGAGGAACCUGUCGACGAAGCAGCCCAACUGGAAGCACGCCGCAAACGGCGUGAGGCUAUCCGUGCGAAAUACCGUGGACAAGCUACGCCGUUGCGUCUGCAGGCUCUCCAUAUUGGAGGCGAUGGGGAUUCGACGACCCCAAGCGCCGAUACGGCCGCUUCGGUUGCUUCGAAUGGCACGCUAGCUAUAGAUGCAGCUCCACAGUCCGCUCCUCAAACGCCUGACGAUAGUCUGGAUUCAAUUUCGGACUUCAAGGUUGACAAGGAUGACGGUUCGCUCAACAAUGGUGCACCUGUAGAUGGUGCUGAUAAAGAUGAAGUUUCCGCAGCCGACUACGAUCCUACCAUGGACAUGAGAGCCGAGAAGGAAAAGCACGAUACUCGCAGCUCGACUGAGGAUGUUUCCGCGGCGGCUUAUGACGAAACCCAAACGACCAAGCAGGACAUCCUGCUCCCUGAUGCAGAGCCGCCUCGACCCCCAGCCAAGGCGAAAGAUCCGUACGAUAUGUUCGCCGAAGACGAUGAUGACGACAUGUUUGCGGAAGAUACGCAUGACACCGCGCAGCCUACGCAUGCUUCGGCGAUGUCCGCCAUCCCGCAGCCCAAAGAGCUGGACGUCAGUAUGCUGGACAACUGGGACGAUCCGGAGGGCUAUUACAACGUGCGUCUCGGUGAGUUGAUUAACGGACGGUAUCAUGUGCAGCAGAACCUUGGGAAGGGUAUGUUUUCGUCUGUCGUGCGCGCAACCGAUUCCAAGACUGGCGGACUGGUUGCGAUCAAGAUCAUCCGACAAAACGAUACGAUGCGGAAGGCGGGGAUGAAGGAGAUUGGCAUUCUGGAGCAACUACGCGAGGCGGACCCCGACGACAAGAAACAUGUCAUUCGGUUCGAGCGGUAUUUCGAACACAAGGGCCACCUGUGCAUGGUGUUCGAGAACCUGGGCAUGAACCUGCGGGAACUCGUGAACAAGAAGGGCCGCGACACUGGGCUGAAUCUCACGGCCAUCCGAGUCUAUGCCCAGCAGAUAUUCCUGGGACUCAGCCUGUUCCGGAAGUGCAACAUUCUUCACGCCGAUCUGAAGCCGGACAACCUUCUGGUCAAUGAGAACUACAAUGUUCUCAAGGUUUGCGACCUGGGGUCGGCAUCGCCCACGACGGAGAACGAGAUAACGCCAUACUUGGUCAGUCGGUUCUACCGGGCGCCGGAGAUCAUUCUGGGGAUCCCGUACGAUCACGCCAUCGAUGUGUGGUCGAUUGGAUGCACGCUAUUCGAGAUCGCUACGGGGAAGAUCCUCUUUACGGGGCGAAACAACAAUCAGAUGCUACGGUCGAUCAUGGAAUGCCGUGGCAAAUACCCCCCGAAGCUGCUCCGGCGCGGGUCGCUGACGCACCUGCACUUCGACGAGAUGCUGAAUUUCCACAGUCAGGAGGAGGAUAAGGUCACGGGGCGUGCGGUUGUACGGGUGGUGGAUUUCAAGAAGCCGACGCGCGAUUUGAGGACGCGGCUGAUGGGCAAGGGGACCCGUGGGAUGACGGAGAGUGAAACGAAGGAGCUGACGUUGUUCUUGGACCUGCUGGAACGCUGCCUGAACCUCAAUCCGGAGAAACGGUGCACCCCGACGGAGGCGUUGCGACAUCCGUUUAUCUCGCGCCCGAAGGUCUAGGUUUGUACGGAGGGGAGAGGGUUUGUACAUAUUAUGUCAUAGUGGUACACUGCGCACAUAUCCGUAGUACUUCGCAGUAAUAUUUUUAGUUAGCCAC